AAUAUGGCGAUAACAUUUAUGUGUUGUGUCUGUUGAAAGUAAAAAUAAAACGAAUUUCCUUAAUUAUUAGGUUAAUUAAAUUGCACGUUAGGGUGUUUUUUUGUUAAUUGAAGCGUUGGAUAUGAUAUACGGCCAGUUUCAUAACUAGGGAAUAGCUUUUUAAUGCAAGUGUAGGAAAGUUUUGUACACAAAGGUUGUGAUUGUGAUUAUUAACCCACUAUUGAAUUCACCUGGUUCUUGGUAAUUUUUAAGAGUAUUUAUUCGGUGUAUUAGUGCCCCAGCAAUCUAGAGAAGCCGGUAAUUCUGGUACAUUAUUAAUUUUAAAGGCGGAAUGUGGGAAAUUUGCCAGAACAUUGAAAAAGAUUAAAGAAAAUUCCAGUCAUGACUGAUACAAGACGACGAGUGAAGUUGUAUGCACUAAACGCAGAUCGGCAAUGGGACGAUAGGGGCACGGGGCACGUCUCUUCUUCUUACGUUGACCGGUUGAAAGGCAUUUCGUUGUUGGUGCGAGCAGAAAGUGAUGGCUCAUUAUUGCUAGAAUCUAAAAUACAACCAGACACUGCCUACCAGAAACAACAGGACACAUUAAUUGUUUGGUCCGAAGGUGAUAAUUUUGACUUGGCUCUUAGUUUUCAAGAGAAACUGGGCUGCGAUGAGAUUUGGGAGAAAAUUUGUCAGGUGCAAGGGAAGGAUCCCUCUGUGGAAAUCACACAGGAUAUUGUUGAAGAGUCCGAAGAUGAAAGAUUUGAUGACAUGUCUGAUUCCGCCCCACCCAUUGAGCUACCACCCUGCGAAUUGAACCGAUUGGAGCAGAUCAGCGACCUGAUAAGCAACUGCCUUACAACGCCGAUGAGGAAAGAAAAACUUGCCGCCGCGAUCGAAAGUGAAGGCUACAUUCGUAAACUAAUCGAAGUGUUUCACACGUGUGAAGAUCUAGAAAGUACAGAGAGACUUUACCAUCUUUAUGACAUAUUCAAAAAUAUAUUCUUGCUGAACAAAAAUGCUCUAUUUGAGACAAUGUUUAGUGAAGAUGUGAUUUUUGAUAUUGUGGGAUGUUUGGAGUAUGAUCCCUCUUCUCCAACACCGAAAGGGCACAGAGAAUAUUUAAGAAAACAAGCGAAAUUUCGUGAAGCUAUUCCUAUAAAGAACACAGAACUUUUGGCUAAAAUCCAUCAGACUUAUCGUGUUCAAUACAUACAAGAUGUUGUGUUACCGACUCCGUCAGUGUUUGAAGAAAACCUCCUUUCCACAUUAAGCAGUUUUAUAUUUUUUAAUAAAGUUGAAAUCGUUUCGCUGGUGCAAGACGACGAAAAGUUUCUUACCGAACUUUUCACAAUGUUAACUGACUUGAACACUCCGGAAUCAAAACGUAGGGAUUUGGUGUUGUUUUUAAAAGAGUUCUGCAACUAUUCGCAAAAUUUACAACCGCAAGCGAAAGAGUCUUUUUAUAAAACGCUCACUUCUUUGGGUAUUUUGCCUGCUUUGGAAAUCACUUUGGCAAUGGACGAUCAAAAAACUAAGACUGCAUCAAUAGAUAUUUUGACUUAUAUCGUUGAGUAUUCGCCUUCGGUUGUUAGGGAGUAUACUUUGCAACAGGCCAGUAAUACAGACGAAGAUCAGAUUCUUCUCAACAUCAUAAUUGAACAAAUGAUCUGUGAUUCCGAUCCCGAACUUGGGGGUGCCGUGCAGCUAAUGGGCGUCUUACGAAUUCUUUUGGAUCCAGAAAAUAUGUUGGCGUCUGUAAAUAAAUCGGAAAAGACGGAUUUUUUGAACUGUUUUUACAGGCACAGUAUACAAAUUUUGAUAACGCCUCUACUAGAGAAUACAAUUAAUGACACCCCUCAAAGAGAAGACUACCGUCACGUUCAAUUAUUGGGCCUCAUUUUAGAAUUGUUAUCAUUUUGCGUCGAACAUCACACUUACCACAUCAAAAAUUGCAUUUUCAAUAAGGACCUGUUGCGAAGGAUACUUGUACUUAUGAAAUCGACGCACAAGUUUCUCGUUCUCUGUGCUUUAAGGUUUAUGCGUAAACUAGUAGCCCUGAAAGAUGAAUUCUACAACCGUUACAUAAUCAAAGGCAACCUAUUUGCUCCAGUAAUAGAUGCUUUUAUUCGAAAUAAAGGCCGUUACAAUCUGUUGGACUCGGCGAUCAUUGAAAUGUUCGAAUUCAUCAAACUAGAAGAUAUUAAAACUUUAUGUUCACAUGUGGUAGAAAACUAUGGUCGCAAAUUGGAAGACAUUUCGUAUGUGCAAACGUUCAUGACCCUAAAACUGAGAUAUGAUCAACAUCAGGAUAAAUUGAAGGAGAGGAAUAGUUUGGACAGUGUGCCUUCGAUGCUGAGGAAUAGUCGAUAUCGUCGGGAUCAAAGGCAAAUGGAAGAGGAAGAAGAAAUGUGGUUUAAUGAAGACGAUGAUUUUGAAGAUGGGUCUUCUAUGCAUUUGCACAAGUUACCGGCUGACGCGCAUAUGGUAGGCAAAAAACUCGAUUCGAAUUUAGAAAGUAUAGGUGUAAAAGCAUUAGAAAAGAAAUCAAUAUUAGAGGCAUCAAAUUUGGAGAGUAUAGGCGGGAAAGUUGCAGAGAAAAAGUCACCGUCUUCACCCACGUCACCACAACAGUUAAAUGCCGUUGAGGCUAAUGGACCAAGUAAACAGGUAAAUAAUAACUCGUCGUCGCCGAAAAUCGUGGAACCCCAAGAGACGACAAUAAACAAUAACGCGACAACCUCGCCGCCGACGACGGCGACAACCACAACAACCGCAACGACCACAACCUCGCCUACCCAACCAACUUCGCCUACCCAACCAGCUGAAACGGUUACAGUUGUCACUCCUACAGUUGGUAACGUUACACAGACCUCGGGCGAUGGCAAGGUGUCUAUUUUCAAACGGGUAUGGGGUUUGGUGGAUUACGAAGGCGGUGACUCAGACGAAGAAGAGGAAACGACGGUAGACACAGGCGGAGGAGAGAACUCCAGUAAAAGACCCCGUUUGUCGUAGUGCUCCAGUCCAGUUCCCAGAGGAACACAUUCGUUUAUGUCUGCCAGUGUGGUCGGUCAAAAUCGGAACAAUAGGAAGGACAACAAUUUCUAAAUAAAACAAGUUACUUGGUGUUUAUAGUUACGAAAAAUAGACAGCAAAAAAAUCCAAGGCAAAACUAACCUAAAAACAUACCUAGAAAACUUUGUGAAUUGUUUUAGGCUAAGUCAUAGUAUCUAGCGGUAGAUAAAAAUAGUGUCUAUAUUAUUAUUUCGAAAAAUGUGUGAGUAGAAAUUUAUUGUCAAUGGAGUGACUUAGAAGAUGUACAUAUAAAAAAAAAAGGAUUUUAUUUUUAAUGUCAACAAAAUUUUCUCGUUUCUAGAACCUCCUUUGAUUUGUUUCUUAUUAAAAUGUGAUGAGUGUCUAUUGUUAAGAGAUUUAACAAACCUAGUCCAUAAAACAAAUUAUAUUUUUGUAUAAAGGCCAACGAUCAAAGUUCAUUUUAUUUUUAUUUCUCUAUUGAAAGGAAAAUUUGACUUGAUAAGAGAUGAAAGUAUUUAAUUAGUUUUCUUGUUUUAUUUUUUUAUAAACACCACAGUCAAUGUGUUUAAUAAUGAGACUACUUUGUCUUUUGCCUAGUGAUCCUAUGGUUAAAUCUAUAAUCACCAGACGAAAGACAUCAAAUUUUGGUCUCAUUAAUAAAUAAAUGUUUUUAGUGUUAGAGUCUUUGGUUGAUUUAUUGAUAGUUGAUGGUUACUGGUAUUUUUCCAACAGGAUUCCCAUUAAAAUUUAUAAAUAUAAGUAAUAAAUAUUGAAUUGAAUGAUGUUUUUUUUUUAUAUAGAAAAAUAAAUAUCUCAAUGGGUGAUGAACUUAGUUGUAUUAUAUUUAAAUUAUCUCACCCAGCAAUAGCGGAGUCUAGAAAACUAUGCCAAUCGGAAAUUUUGUUGACAUUUUAUUUAAUUUAGCCUAUCUGUAUAUUUUGGUCAAUUUUCAGUAAAAAUAUGAAACGUCAAAUCUACAUGGUGAAAAAAAAAUAGAUAUUUUGGAAGUGCAAAAAAGUACCUACCUAUGUAUCUCAUAACUUAAAUUAGGAAUUUUUGGAUACAAUAAAUAUUUAAAAUUAUGUGCAAAACAAGAUACAUACAUCAUACAACUUUGUAGAUUGAGUUUAUAUAACUAUGUUAUUUUUGUAAAUUUAACCAGAGGCUUGAAAAGCCAACAAAAUACUCUCAAUAGAGCAUCAACACCAUGUAUAAUUUAUUAAGAAUAUAAAUUUUGAAAUUACAAAAUUUCAUGUUUUUGAAAAAGUAAAAACCAAGUUCUAGAAUUAUUGCCUUCUUUUGUUCUCGAUCUAUUUUUUUCUAUUAGCCUUACUCUCAGUUUCCUAUUUGAUAAUUAUUUAUUUUGUUUAUAAUAUAUUUUUUCUUCCAAAAUAAUAUAUGCAAGUUAAGUGUUUCUUAGGAAAAAACAAUAUUUUUUUUCGGUUAUAUUGAUUGAAUACAACAUAAAAUAGAAUUUCAAUUUCGUUCUUCCAGAGUAUGUAGAAAAAACUAUAAUAUAAAAAUUAUAGAUGAUAAUGUGUCUCUUUAAUUCAAUAUGAGUAUUUUUUUUUUUUCUAGCUCACCUUGUGAUUUUUUUUUUGAAUAAUGUGAAGGGAUAUGUGGCAGCCCCAUAAUUAAUAUUUUUUAUACAAGACAUCAUCAGAUUUUUCAAAAUAAAUAAUAAAAAAAAUGAAAAAAAUUUGACAGCGUAUAAUUGUGUAAGCAUUUUCUAAUCCAUACUUCCUUCUCUUGUAAUAAAUUAAUGUUUUUAAAGAAAAAGAUUGUAAUAUAAAAUAUGUACUCGUUAUAUUUAGGUAAAUAAAUAUAAGUGAAAAUAUA